AUGAAGCCACAACCGAAAGCACCCAGCGGGGGAGUGUUGCUGUUAGUGGGGCUGCUGCUGGCAUUGGCAGCGCCCAAAAGCAUCGAAUCGCGAUCGACUAGUGGACUGGGGCGAGCAUUCGAUUCGUUCCGUCUACCGAACAGUACCGUGCCGACGCACUAUAACCUGUACCUGGACACGGACAUACACGCCGGCAUCUUCGACUACACCGGCAGUGUGCAGAUACGGAUCAAUAUUCUCGAACCAACGAGCCAGAUCGUGCUGCACAGUAAGCGCAAUGUGAUCACGAAGCUCCAGCUGCGUAACAGUGCCGACCUCGUGGUCCCGGUGAAGGGGUAUGAGUUUGAUGAGGAGAAAGAGUUUCUGGUUAUCAACGUCGGUACGGUGCUCCAGCCGGCCAGUGGUUCGUACACGAUCGAUAUCGACUUCACCAACAGUAUCGACCGGACGGAUCAGUCCGGUUUCUAUGUGUCGUCGUACCAGGAUGAUCAGGGUGUGACAAGGUACCUUGGCCUCACUCAGUUCGAAUCGGUCGAUGCGAGGACAUCGUUCCCGUGCUACGAUGAGCCUGGGAUAAAGACGACGUACGAUAUUCGUAUCACGUGUGGAUUCGAUUAUCAUGUCCGCUCGAAUGCACCGCUGCUCGGUAUUCAGCUACUGCCGGGUGGCAAGAAACUGUCCACUUUUGCCACUACACCACGCAUGCAAACGUAUCUCGUGGCAUGGCUCGUGUCGGACUUUGUGUACGAACGGGAGGUAUUGAAGGAUCCGCAGCUGGCGGUGGCAUCCUGGGCCGAACCAGCGGCCGCACAGCGUAUGAGCUACUCGGUCGAUGCAUCGAAACGGUUCAUGCGUGCGAUGGAGGAGUACUUCGGGGAGCAGUACACGAUGAACAAGAUCGAUAACGUGGCCAUCAAAAAUAGCGAUUAUGCGGCCGGAGCGAUGGAGAACUGGGGUCUGGUAACGUAUGCCGAUAAUACGAUCCUGUUCGACCCCGCCACGCAAGGUGAAUCGCAGCAGGUGCAAGUGGUGACGAUCGUGGGCCAUGAGUAUACGCAUCAGUUCUUCGGUAACCUGCUGGCACCGAAAUGGUGGAGCUAUCUGUGGUUGAAUGAGGGCUUUGCGCGACUUUACCAGUACUACGUUGGUUCGAUUAGCCAUCCGGAGUUGAAUCUACGGGAGCGCUUUGUAUCGGGGCCACAGGCAGCGGCCUUCAACACCGAUGGUUCGCCAACCGUACGACCGAUGACGUACUACACCGAAACGCGUGCCACUAUCUCUCGGCUGUUCGAUAAUAUUGCCUACGCCAAGUCGGCCAGUGUGUUGCGUAUGUUUAGCUACGCUCUUGGCGAGCUUACCUUCCAGAAGGGUCUACGAUACUACAUCCAGCAGAACAAGGCCAGCGGUGUGGUGCAGGAUACGGAUCUAUUCGCUAGUCUGGAGCAGGCCGCCAAGGAGGAUGCCGUGCUGCCCGUUAGCCUAUCGAUGGACGACAUCUUUGGCUCAUGGUCCAACCAAGCCGGUGCUCCGGAGGUGCACGUGCGACGCGAAGGAAAUGAGUUCUUCUUCACGCAGAAACGCUUCUACACGGUGCCACAGGAAGAACCUGUCGAAGCGUCCUGGUGGAUCCCGAUCUCGUACACAACGUCCAGUAGCAACUUGUACGAAACGCGUCCGGCCUUCUGGAUGCCACCGGGUGUAUCUGAGGUUUCCCACACGAUCGCCCUGGAAGAGGGUGAGCUGGUGCAGAUCAAUCCCCUCUCGACCGGGUACUACAAGGUGAUCUACUCGCCAGAACUGCUGGACGAGAUGAUUGAGCAGUUGAAUAAGGACCAUAGUGUCAUCAAGGCGCCAGCUCGUGCUCGUCUGAUCGAUGAUACACUGAAAGCUGCGUUCCGCGAUGGUAGCAACUAUGAGACGGUGUUCCAGUUGAUGUCCUAUCUCGCCAAAGAGACGGACUAUGUCCCGUGGGCAAUCGUUAGCCAGAACCAUAAGCAGCUUCAGGCGCUGCUGAGUCACGAGCAGCAGGCUCGGUGGUUGCUGGACACAUUCAUGGCCCGGCUGGCCAGUCCACUGCUAGAGCGACAUGGACUGGAGCCGCGUGUCGGAGAAUCGUCCACCACAACCGAGCUGCGCUUGAUGGCCAUUGAGAUGGCUUGCAGUGCCAGUGAAUCGUGUAAGGCCAAGGCCAAGGCUAGCAUUGCGGAGAACCAGGUUCCGCGUAAUCCUACCGAGGUAGCCAUUCGCUGCGUAGGCCUUCAGCGACAGGCUGGCCCUCAAGAACGUCAACAGCUCUCAACCAAGCUAUCACAGAUGCUACCCAGCCUACAGGAUACUUUCUCCCGGCUGUACGCCAACCAGCUACUGACCUGCAGCGGAGACGAGCAGCUUGUGGUGGAAACGCUGGUCAGCAAACUCCCGUCGAUGAGUGAGACCGAUCGCGCCGAAAGCUUACACCGUGCGAUUCUUGACUCUGGCAUUUCGGUGAAACGGUUUAUCCAGCAGAUUGAUACGGAACUGCGACAACGGAAAAUGCAAGUGAAUCAAUCUGCACUGGCCAGGACACUCGAGGAUAUCGCGGGUUACGUGACUGAUGAAUCCGAAGCAGAGUUUCUACUGUCCAUCGUUUCCCAGCUCGAUGUGCCGUCGUCGAUGGUGAAGGAUAUGGAGCAGCAACUGCAGGCAAACCAGCGCUGGGUGCUACACAAUGUUGGCCCCCUCACCGUAGCAUUGAGCGAAGUAGUGACAGUCUAGAUGGAAUGUAUGAAUGGAUAACCAAAUGUGCGAUGGCCUAUACCAUUGUUUUGAUUUUACGUUUACGUGCUCAAUCCUGAUAAGCCACGCGCACAACACUCUUUACGCGUGUUGCGUCAGUAUUGUUUACGAUAAGAUAAGCCAAUAAAAAUGGACACUUAAAAGCCA